CCUAUAUCCGGAAGUGACGUGCAGCGGGGUUGCCGGAAGAAGUGGCGAAGUUACUUUUGCUUUGCGCUCAGCCAGCGCUGUUGCUCAGAGCUACUCCCCGGCUUCAGAAGUUACUUCCGAAGUGCUGAGGAGGAGCAACUACGGGUGCGGACACGGAGCUCCCGCUUCCCGGGGCCGUUUCCAGGGCAACGGCGUAGGAGACCCGCGCCCCACCACUUCAAGACCGCCGGUGCAGUCAUGAGCCCCGCCUCCCCCUGGUGCUCGGAGAGGGGCGGGGUCUGGAGUGAGGCUGCUUCGUGACCCACCAUGUCUUCCCCCACAAGUUCUCUGGAUACACCGGUGCCUGGGAAUGGUUCUCCUCAGCCCAGUACCUCCUCGGCUUCGCCCACCAUCAAGGAGGAGGGGCAGGAGACUGACGCCCCUCCAGGCUCUGAAGGGUCCAGCUCUGCCUACAUCGUAGUCAUCUUAGAGCCAGAGGAUGAGCCCGAGCGUAAGCGAAAGAAGGGUCCGGCCCCGAAGAUGCUGGGUCACGAGCUGUGCCGCGUGUGUGGGGACAAGGCCUCGGGCUUCCACUACAAUGUACUAAGUUGUGAGGGCUGCAAAGGCUUCUUCCGGCGCAGCGUGGUCCAUGGUGGAGCCGGGCGCUAUGCCUGUCGGGGCAGUGGAACCUGCCAGAUGGACGCCUUUAUGCGGCGCAAGUGCCAGCUCUGCAGGCUGCGCAAGUGCAAGGAGGCUGGCAUGCGGGAGCAGUGCGUGCUUUCUGAGGAGCAAAUUCGAAAGAAAAAGAUUCAGAAGCAGCAGCAGCAACAGCAGCCACCCGCGACUGAGCCAGCAUCAAGCAGCUCAGCCCGGCCUAUAGCCUCCCCUGGCACGUCCGAAGCGGGCGGCCAGGGCUCCGGGGAAGGAGAGGGCAUCCAGCUGACAGCGGCGCAAGAGCUGAUGAUCCAGCAGUUGGUUGCUGCGCAGCUGCAGUGCAACAAGCGCUCUUUCUCCGACCAGCCCAAAGUCACGCCCUGGCCCUUGGGUGCAGACCCUCAGUCCCGAGACGCUCGUCAGCAGCGCUUUGCCCACUUCACGGAGCUGGCCAUCAUCUCAGUCCAGGAGAUUGUGGACUUUGCCAAGCAGGUGCCAGGGUUCUUACAGCUGGGCCGGGAGGACCAGAUCGCCCUCCUGAAGGCAUCCACCAUCGAGAUUAUGUUGCUGGAGACAGCCAGACGCUACAACCACGAGACAGAGUGUAUCACGUUCCUGAAGGACUUCACCUACAGCAAGGAUGACUUCCAUCGUGCAGGCUUGCAGGUGGAGUUCAUCAAUCCCAUCUUCGAGUUUUCUCGGGCCAUGCGUCGGCUGGGCCUGGACGACGCGGAGUACGCCCUGCUCAUUGCCAUCAACAUCUUCUCAGCGGACCGACCCAACGUGCAGGAGCCCAGCCGCGUGGAGGCGCUGCAGCAGCCCUACGUGGAGGCUCUCCUCUCCUACACACGCAUCAAGCGGCCACAGGACCAGCUCCGCUUCCCACGAAUGCUCAUGAAGCUGGUGAGCCUGCGCACUCUCAGCUCCGUGCACUCGGAGCAGGUCUUUGCAUUGCGACUCCAGGAUAAGAAGCUGCCGCCUUUGCUGUCUGAGAUCUGGGACGUGCAUGAAUAGGGGCCGCCAUGAGUGCCCAUCUUGGUGGCAUCUUCUUGCAGAUGGACGCUUCACCCUUCCUCCUGGGGUGGGAGGACACAGUCAUGGCCCAUCCUUGAGGGACUCAGCACUGGCAGUUGCACCAGGAGGCCCCUCCCGACCCACCGAGUCUUCCAGGAGGGAUGAGGGUCACAGGUCCUAGCCUCUGACCUUCCCCAGCUACCCUCCCACCCAGCUUACACCUCAGCCUACCAUGCCAUGCACCUUGAGUGGGGAGAGGUGAGGGCUGGUGUCUCCCCACCAUUGGGAGACCACAGGUCCCCUCUUCUGCCCUUUUUAUUUAAUAAAAAUAAAAACAAGAAAUAAAGUCUGAGUACAAGUCA